GGUGGGAAGGGCUGGCCCUGGGGCUGCACGCUGGGCCCAGGAGGGGUCCGCCCCUGCACCCGUCCAAGUUGAGCCCCCGCGGACCGCUAACCGCGCCUCGCCCUGGGGACGUCGCGCCCCGUGAGCCGAGAGACCUGGGGACGCCCGUCUGGGGGCGGGGGCCACGCUGCGGGGCCGCCCACGCCGCGCUCCAGGAUCUGGAGACAUCAGGAUGGAUGUUGGGACAUGCUAAUUUCCCCUCCAGAUAGCCUGCCGGCAUCCUGGUCAUGGAGGACUGCAACGUGCACUCAGCUGCCAGCAUCCUGGCCUCAGUGAAGGAGCAGGAGGCCCGCUUUGAGAGACUGACGCGAGCUCUGGAGCAGGAGAGGCGCCAUGUUGCCUUGCAGCUGGAGCGCGCCCAGCAGCCUGGUGUGGGCAGUGGUGGUGUGGGCAGUGGGCAGCCCCUGCCGAUGGCUUGGCAACAGCUGGUCCUGCAGGAACAGAGCCCGGGCAGCCAGGCCUCGCUGGCCACAAUGCCAGAGGCGCCCGAGGUGCUGGAGGAGACUGUGACGGUAGAGGAGGACCCUGGUACACCUACUUCUCACGUGUCCAUUGUCACAUCAGAAGAUGGUACUACCCGGCGCACUGAGACCAAGGUCACCAAGACGGUCAAGACGGUGACCACGAGAACAGUGCGCCAAGUGCCUGUAGGCCCAGAUGGCCUCCCCCUGCUGGACGGCGGCCCCCCGCUAGGCCCCUUCGCAGAUGGCCCCCUGGACCGGCACUUCCUGCUACGUGGGGGUGGCCCAGCAGCCACGCUUUCCCGUGCCUACCUCAGCAGUGGGGGCAGCUUUACCGACGGCACUGAGCCCCGUGAUGUCCCCAGCUACGGCAGUCUAUCCCGUGGGCUGGGUGUGCGGCCCCCACGUGGCCCCCUUGGCCCAGGCCCCGUGGAUGGUUGCUUCACACUGCCUGGCCGACGUGAGGCCUUUCCUGCAGGCCCUGAGCCUGUGCCGCCAGCCGGCCGCUCCCAGCCCGAGCGCUUUCAGGCGGAGCCAUAUGGUUUGGAGGAUGACACACGCAGCCUGGCUGCCGAUGACGAGGGUGGCCCGGAGCUGGAGCCUGACUAUGGCACUGCCACUAGGAGGAGGCCUGAGUGUGGGCGUGGCUUUCGCACCAGGGCCUAUGAGGAUGUGGCAGAUGAUGGCGGUGAGCUGAUGGAGGAGCGGCCCCCGUUUCCAGCUGCGACAGCACCCCUGGCCCAGCCAGAACGGGGCAGCCUGGGUAGCCUGGACCGGGUGGUACGGCGGUCGCCCUCAGUGGACAGCGCCCGUAAGGAGCCACGUUGGCGGGACCCUGAGCUGCCGGAGGUACUGGCCAUGCUGCGGCACCCCGUGGAUCCCGUGAAAGCCAACGCAGCUGCCUACCUGCAACACCUGUGCUUUGAGAACGAGGGCAUCAAGCGACGUGUGCGGCAGCUGCGGGGCCUGCCUCUUCUCGUCGCUCUGCUGGACCACCCAAGGGCAGAGGUGCGGCGGCGGGCCUGUGGGGCACUGCGAAACCUUUCCUAUGGCCGAGAUACAGACAACAAGGCUGCCAUCCGCGACUGUGGCGGUGUGCCUGCCCUGGUGCGCCUACUGCGGGCUGCCCGGGACAAUGAGGUUCGAGAGCUCGUCACAGGCACACUCUGGAACCUGUCAUCCUAUGAGCCCCUGAAGAUGGUUAUCAUUGAUCACGGCCUGCAGACACUAACCCAUGAGGUCAUUGUGCCCCACUCGGGCUGGGAACGUGAGCCCAACGAGGAUUCCAAGCCAAGGGAUGCCGAGUGGACAACAGUCUUCAAGAACACAUCAGGCUGCUUGAGGAACGUGAGUUCGGAUGGUGCAGAGGCCCGGCGCCGCCUCCGGGAAUGUGAAGGGCUGGUAGACGCCCUGCUGCACGCCUUGCAGUCAGCUGUGGGCAGGAAGGACACGGACAACAAGUCGGUGGAGAACUGUGUGUGUAUCAUGCGGAACCUGUCCUACCAUGUGCACAAGGAGGUGCCUGGGGCCGACAGGUACCAGGAGGCUGAGCCUGGGCCCCCAGGCGGUGCUGCAGGCUCCCAGCGCCGGAAGCGGGAUGACGCUGGCUGUUUCGGUGGCAAGAAGGCCAAAGGGAAGAAGGAUGGUGAGAUGGACCGGAACUUUGACACGCUAGACCUACCCAAGCGAACUGAGGCUGCCAAAGGCUUUGAGCUGCUGUAUCAGCCCGAGGUGGUACGUCUCUACCUCUCCCUCCUCACGGAGAGCCGGAACUUUAACACCCUGGAGGCUGCCGCUGGCGCCCUGCAGAACCUCAGCGCUGGCAACUGGAUGUGGGCCACGUACAUCCGCGCCACGGUGCGCAAGGAGCGUGGGCUUCCGGUGCUCGUGGAGCUGCUGCAGUCCGAGACUGACAAGGUGGUGCGCGCUGUUGCCAUUGCCCUCCGCAACCUCUCGCUGGACCGGCGCAACAAGGACCUCAUUGGGAGCUAUGCCAUGGCGGAGCUGGUGCGGAACGUGCGCAAUGCACAGGCUCCGGCGCGACCUGGUGCCCGCCUGGAGGAGGACACGGUGGUGGCUGUGCUCAACACCAUCCACGAGAUCGUGUCUGACAGCCUGGACAACGCACGCUCACUACUACAGGCCCGAGGCAUUCCAGCGCUGGUGGCACUUGGCGCUACCAGCCAAUCAGUACGUGAGGCGAAGGCCGCAUCCCACGUGCUACAGACUGUAUGGAGCUACAAGGAGCUGCGUGGUGCCCUGCAGAAAGAUGGCUGGACCAAGGCACGCUUCCAGUCAGCCACUGCUACUGCCAAGGGACCCAAAGGAGCACCAAGUCCUGGAGGCUUUGACGACAGCACGCUGCCACUGGUGGACAGGAGCCUUGAUGGUGAGAAACCGGGCAGCCGGGACGUGAUCCCCAUGGAGGCACUUGGCCCAGAUGGAUACUCUACUGUGGACCGGAGGGAGUGGAGGGCUCGAGGCAGUGACCCUGCGGGGGAGGCCUCUGAGAAGGAACCGUUGAAACCCGACCCCGGCAGGAAGGCUCCGCCUGGGCCCAGCAGGCCUGCGGUCAGGCUGGUGGACGCCGUGGGGGACGCUAAGCCUCAGCCCGUUGACUCCUGGGUCUAGCUUGCAUGCCUGGGCUCGGGCCCAGCCAUUUGUUCUUAGGGAUCUGAUCUUGGGAAGAAGGGAACUCCAGGGCCGGCCCUCACAGACCCUGCUGUGGAGCUUGGAGCCCCCUGGCGCCAGGGGUUGGCAGCGCCUCUCACCUGGGAGCCAGGGCCGGACAUUCUGGACACACCUCCCUUCCUGCCCCCCCUCCUAACUCCUUAGGCUGAGUUAGCUGUUUACUGACAUGGUGCUGUGUGUGAGUGAGAGAGAGAAGGCCAGUGGAGCUGCCAGGGUGGGGCCCAGGGAGGUGGCAGGACAAGGCACCGGGCUUUGUUUUGGGGCUGGUAAUGUAAAAGAGUGUGCUCUUGUAUGUGCAAGGCCCCAGAGGAGUCUAGCAGGGAGGGGGGCUCAGGGAAGGAGUUUAACUCUGGAAGCUGGAGGGGAUCCACUGGGCUCUGAGUCUCACCCUGCAUGGCAGACAGAACACGGGCAGGGGCUGGCCGUGCAGAGAGGCUCUGGAGGCAGUGAGAUGGGUGUCAGG